ACUUUUUUAUUUUGGCAUAAAAUGUCCUCCAUAUUGAAGCAACCUACGGUAAAGCUUGAGUGAAUGCAAAAGUAAUGUAAUGCAAAUAUAUACUGGAAUUCGAGCACGAGGGCGAGGCUAGCUGGCCACGAGCACGUAACGGACACUUUGAUUUUAAGAUGGAAGACUGUAACAGUUUGAUAAAUAUGGAUAACCUUUUACUUCAGUUGGCAUUCCAGGUGAAUAGGUUAGCUCAACAGAAAGAGGAGGAAAAACAGAAGAUUCAAAUUUAUUCAUCAAGCAUAGUUGAGAGAAAAGCUCAGGUCCAGAACAUGAGGACCAAGCUUAUUAAAUUGGAAGAGGAAGUGAUCCACAGACAGAAAUUAAUUAAGCACUACGUAGACAACAGAAAAAGUCUGAAGGCAACAGGUGCCCUCCUGAGUCAAUAUGAGAAAACAUUACAGGCUGAACUGCAAAGAUGCCAGGCAGACACUGAACAAGACAUGAAGAUGUACAGAGAUAGAGUUGAAAGCUACACUGAGGUACUUCAGCAGCACCAAGCCCGAUAUGCUCAGAGUCCUCUGGGGCAGCAGCUCUUGCAGAGGCAGUCAGAGCGAGAGCAGAUCGAACAGAGGAUAGAAACUUGCGAUGAUGAGAUUGAACAACGAGAGAGAGCCUUGCAGACUCUGAGAGACUACACCCCUCCACAAUCACUUACUGAGUACGUGCUACAGCUUGCUUCUCUGAAGCAGAGCACAUCUGAACUUCAUAGGGAGGCAGCCUUACAAAGACCGACGACCUCAGUGUUGGAGGCUGCCAUAAACAGCCUCAAACUGAAACAGCAGCAGAGCUCUGAGGCUGAGGACAGAGAGGGUAAGAAGGCAGUGAGUGAAGAGGUUCCAGGAAAUGAAGAGAAAGAGGUGGACGAAGAACAACUGAGAGAGGAGGAGAAUAUGCAAUCCAGUUUCCCUCCAUCCCUUGUGGGGUUAAACAACAAUGUGAUGUGGAGAAAGGUAGAUGAAAGAGAUAAUGGUGCUCCCAUAUAUCAACCAGACCAACUUAAUAAAGAGACAAUGGAGAAUGAAACACAGGAGGAUCUUCCUCACCUUCCUGGAAAGGAAGAUGAAGGCCAUGAGAGAGAGACAGAAGGAAGAGAGCAGGACCAAAUGCAAGAAGAGGGAAAUGAGGAGGAAGAGCAGGUCUAUCCAACAACUCCCCCAGCCAGUAUCAGAGUUUUAUCGAGCACCCCAACCUUCACACUGAAGAGUCCUAGUCAGAGGUCUGAAGAAGCACAUUCCCCAACCUUCCUGUUCUCAAUGAAUUCAACUCCAAAAGGUGACCCUGCUUUCGCUGUAUUUGAGUGCGAUGUGUUUGGAACAGGUUCCUCUCAUAGGGAGGAUAGUCCGUUUAGUUUCACCAGCUCUUAUUUCAGCGAAAAGAAAGUAACGAAUACUUCCACUUCAGGGAAUAAAAAACAGAUUGGCUCCCUGUUUGAUCAGCUGGAGAGUGGGGGAGAGGAAGAGGCAUUUGAAUUCUCCUUCCCCUCCAAGAGCUCUUCCUUGCAUGGCUUUGGAAAGGAACAAGGAGAUAGCAGGGAUGAAUUUUCCUUCUCACUCAACUUUGAUAAACUACAGUAAAAUCCGAUGGGGAAUUUUGCAUGCGAGCAACACCAGAAUAUCAGUAUAGUUGUAUCUCUGGCUUGGUUGCAAUGGAUCUACAUCAGGUCUGCAGUGUACAUUUUCCAUUCUUGUUAGUAUGCAGUGUAAAUAUGCAAUUCUAGUUUGACUGCGGGAUGAAUUCUGCAGUAGUUGGAUGGCAGUCUACUGUAACGUCAUUGACAGUAAUGUCAUUGUCAUUGUUGUCUUACAAGAUGGUCAUUUUGAAGCUAAAUUGCAACUUAAUGUCAUUUUAAAAGCCAUUUUCUCUGUUUAGUUAACUAUAUUACUGUUAUUGGUAAUUUUCUUCAUAAAAUGUAGACACCAUAAGGUAAUAAAAUAUGGCUUUCAACAAUUUUGCUGCAUUACAGUUUUUUUCCGUGAAGUUUGUAAGUGUUCUAGGGUUUCUUAUCCCAUUGUUCAGAUUUUUUGCUUUAACAAAGUUUUGUAGAAUAUCACCUGUUAAUAGGGAAAACAGAGUUUUGCAAAUGAAAUGUAACUUGUAUUAAAUAUUGUAGCCCUGAUAAAGGUUUACUAAUUUAAAAAAAAAAAAAAAAAGUUUUUAUUUGUAUUGUAUAGUUGAAUUUCAUGAGUCUGCAGCUUUAAAGGUCUUCCUGUGAGCUCUGUAUUAGGAGUACACAGUGCAAAGGGAUGGGAGGGAGGCUCACAAGUGUGAGUAGUGCACACAUGAAACUAAAUCAAGUAGGAUUGGCAGAAAAUUGAAAAUGUCUUUAAAAACAUAUUAUAUAUUCAAAAGUCCAGCAACAGUUAAAAUUAAUAGAAUUUAUUGUUAACAAAGUUGUGUAAUUAACUACUGUAAAGUAAGUUUUACAUGUUGUUCUAUUAUAAAAAAUAAAAAA